GAGCAUAGGCUACACUUUUAACAGGCGAUCGGAAAGUUGGGUGGAUUGAUACUGGAGCGUUCAUAGAUCUGUUGAUAGUUAAUGAUAUAUAUAUAUUUAUACAGGCUACCACCGAAUUCACUACCCAGAAUGAAUAAAGUAAUUUUAGUGACUGGUGCGAACAGCGGCAUUGGACUGGCCCUGUGUGAACGGCUGCUAUGCCAGGACAGGCAGAUCCAGCUGUGUCUGGCCUGUCGCAACAUGCAGAGGGCCGAGGCGGCCCGCUCCGCCUUGCUGGUCUCCCAUAGUGAUGCCCAAAUCUCCAUCCUGCGCCUCGACGUCGGCAGCACCCAAUCCGUACUGAAAGCGGCCAGAGAGGUCAAGCAGAGAUAUAACAGACUGGACUACCUGUACCUCAACGCUGGAAUUAUGCCCAACCCUCAGGUGGACUUCAAAGCCCUUUUUAAGGGUCUUUUCUCCAGAAACGUCAUUCACAUGUUUGCCACCGCAGAGGGUCUGCUGACGCAGCAGGACCGCGUGAACCCCGACGGACUGCAGGAAGUGUUUGCCACAAACCUCUUCGGACACUUCCUGUUGGUGAGAGAGCUUGAGCCGCUCCUGUGCCAGCCGGGUCACACAGCCCAGCUGAUCUGGACGUCGUCCAGCAAUGCCAGGAGGUCCGCCUUCAGUCUAGAUGACAUUCAACACCACAAGGGGGUGGAGCCUUACAGUUCCUCCAAGUACGCCUCGGACCUGCUGAGCCUGGCCCUCAACAGGCACUACAACAGCCAGGGAGUUUUCUCGUCUGUGAUUUGCCCUGGAUUAGUGAUGACCAAUCUGACCUAUGGCAUUCUACCUUCCUUCUUCUGGACCCUGAUCAUGCCUGUCAUGUGGCUGAUCCGGGUCUUCACCAACACAUUCACCCUGACACCUUAUAACGGAGCAGAAGCAUUGAGCUGGUUGUUUCUUCAGAAACCGGAGUCAUUGGACCCACUUGCCAAGUACCACAGCCUGACAUCUGGGUUUGGAAACAACUACACACAGCCCCGUAAGAUGGACAUGGAUGAAGACAUGUCAGAGGCCCUCUACAAACAGCUGCUGGAGCUGGAGAGCAAUGUGAGGAAGAAGAUAGAAGAGGAAGAGCAGGACACACGUGCCCAUGGACAGUACCUAAACCAGACUGAGUAACGUGGGAGGACGCCACCACUCGUUUUCUCACUCCGUGACCUUAAUGAAUGAUUUUACAUUCUCUCUAAUACCUCAUUCACACACAAAACUCAGGCUUGACACAGGCUUUUGAACAUGGAUUCAAAACAUGUUUGACUCAUUCACACCACACUAUAGUCUUGAGUAAGUACCAGGUCCUGGCCGUUCACACAAGACCCGGGUCAGCAAGCUUACUUCCACAGACAUCACCGCUGAACAGGAUUGUCACAUUUCAACAUCAUUAAAAGCGUACAUUUCAAAGUUUGUUUACACUGGAUAUUCAACAUGGUGGAUGUUACGAACACUCUGGUGUUUGGUCAGGCAGUCGUAGACUUUAUAGGAUUUAUUUUCUUUACUAAGUUACCUAAUGAAGGCUUAAUGCAACUACAUAUGGGGUGCAAUCAUGUUCAAGCAUCUUUGUGAUCGAGAAGAACGGAAUUUAUGGCUAAGAGGGCUAGAAGUCAUUGCCAAUAUCUACAGAGAAGAAGAGCCGUUCUGUUGUCCUCAGUGGCUACUGUAGUACUAGAGCGCCAUUGAUCGUAACCAAUGAGGUUCCUUGAUCGAAACCUACUUAGAGUAACUUGUGUCCCCCCUUUCAUACUGAGCUUGAUGACGUAUUCACAUUAACGGCACAUUAGGUCGUUGCUUCGGUGUGAAAGAAAAAAGAUCUAAAUGGUUCCCUUGCUUCAGUAGAUUAAGAACAGAAGAAAAUCACUCUGGCGUCUUCAUUCCAGUUUGAGUCGGACCAAGGCACAUCUGAAGGCUGUGAGCACAACAUGGGGAUUUUCAUGACUCAGCUUCAAGAGUAGUUCAUGGUUUAUUUGCUGACAAACACCUCGGAAGCAACCACCUGCCCAUGACCCUCCCCCCCUCCUCCAAUGGUAAGACCCACAGGGUCCCUGCAAUCUGACAGGCCAUGCAGGUGAUGUCACGCAAAACUGUUAAAGCAAAUCUGAAAGACAAACAGCAGAGGAAUAUCCACAGUCAGCUGUCAUCUCGGUGUGCACUGAAAAACAUUACUUAGAACACAGAGAACUACAUGACAGACACCAGGCAUACCUCAUUUUACAAAGAACUAUAACAAUCGUGGCACACACCAUGUUAUUAAUAGCCACACUCAUUAUAGACCACCCAUUUUAUGUUCUGUAAAAACUGCUUCUGUUUCAUAUAUAAUGUGUAUAGCAAUACUUACUCAGCUACUGAGUGCUUAUAAUGGUAUCAGUAUCAGUAUCCAGUUAUGAAGUGACAGCCAAGACAAAAUAUGAAACGAGACCAGUAUAACUCAUUUCGACUGUUUCCAAUUGCAAAUGUAUUGGGACCAUGUACUUUCCUGUACUUUAAGAUAAUUCCUUUUUGAUUCCAAGUGUCUUUCUAGAGUUUUGUUACAAUGGUGUGUAUACCAAAAUAAUUAUGUUAAUGAUGUGCUACAAGACCACAGUGAUAAUGCAUUAAUAUCGCACCUUUCAGGAUCUCAAAGUGCUUGAAAGUGCUGUGGUGUUGCCCAAAUGAGAAGUAAUGUGAUCUCAUGAAAUCUGCAAUAUUACUGCAGAUUUGGACAUCUUUGAAAUGUGCAGUACAUUAAAGAAGUACAGCAUGCUUUGAGUAAGUUGGUGGUGUUAAAGCACAAUUUAAAAUCAAAGAAACUGGGAUAUCAAGGUGAAAAUAGAAUCACUCAGUGUUUGGGUACACCGAAAAUAUUUUCUUAGCAUGUACUUUUCCGAAUUUCCAGCUAAGAUGAGCAGUUUUCUGGGGCUUUGAUUUAAAAAAAAAAAAAAAAAACCUGAUUUGGAUUUAAAAAAAAAAAAAAACUUUUGAAAAUGAGGGUGAAGACCAUGACAAAGGAAAAGCUAUUGAGCUGUCAUUACUCCUGAAACUUCUGGGCUACAUUCAGUUUAGGUGUUAACAGAGGCCAAUGAAACACCUGUCAA